GAAAAUUCACUAACACUAGAAGACUGACUGCGUUAUGUUGUAAAGGUUAUUUUUCAUUAUAUCAUAUUGAAUUUGGGGUGUUUGUCAAUCAUGGUGUUUGUUUGCUCGAAACCAAGAAGUUAUGGAGUAGUUUUCUUCCUCAUGUCCAUAUUCGUCAGAGUGUUCUCGCAAUUUCCAUCAAACUUUUUUUCUAAGGAAACUGGAACUCAACAAAUCUUUAAGUGUGAUGUAAGCUUGACUGGCGACAGCACUGUGAAAUUUACUCGUAACGGAAGGGAAAUAAUUCCUAGCGACAGAAUCAAAGUCAACGGAACAUUACUCAUCAUGUCCGAUUUAAAAGUGUUGGAUAGUGGGCAAUAUUCAUGUAUUUUUGAUGGUAAAAAACCAAUUGUCUUGGGUUUUCUUAAUGUCCGAAGAGUAAAAAAGUAUAAAUUUACGAUUUAUCCAGAAGAUGUGACCAGUAAAGUUACUGAAGGUUCAAACUUUGAAUUUCGUUGUGAGUAUGAAAAAGGAUCAACAAAAAUUAAAUGGCUCAGACGACGAAGACUAAAUGGUACAGAAGUUGAGGAUUAUGUUCCUGAAAAUCUUAUUACUGUUAGAACAACUCCUCAAAAAAGUGUUGAAGUGUAUCACAUUCCAAGAGUGUCUAUAAACGAUACAGGUGUUUACAGAUGUGAAGUUGAUGGAAAAAAUAACAGGAAAAUUUUAUCCAAACUACGCAUUCUAGAAGUCAUAGAAAGAAGAGCUGCCAAAUUUACGUCUGUGAAGAAUUUUUUUCAUUUUAUUGAAGCUGAUAAAGCUGAGAUAACGCUUUAUGUUGAGGAAUUUCCAUUUCCAAAUAUCACUUGUUAUAAGGAGGGCAAAGAAAUUAUAUUUUGUAUUGGAAAGAAAAUGAAAGAUCUCCAAGUUUUAAUUCAUUGGCCUGCGAACAGGAUCAAUAUGGAUUAAACGGUGUCCCUCAGUUGAUUAUUCAAUCAAUCUCUUUUGUGAGAGAUGAUGGAAACUACACAUGUGUUGCCACUACCAACAAUCCCCCUGGGAAGGAUGUUGUUUCAUUUUACGUCAAUGU